UCGAGGCUCGCAGUGCCCGGAAGCGACUGGAGCUGUCAUGGCUGUGAACCUGAGCCGGAACGGGACGGCCCUGCAGGAGGCCUACGCGCGGGUCGUCCGCGAGAAGUCCCCGACCGACUGGGCUCUCUUUACCUAUGAAGGCAACAGCAAUGACAUCCGUGUGGCUGGCACUGGGGAAGGGGGCUUGGAGGAGAUGGUGGAGGAGCUCAAUAGCGGGAAGGUGAUGUACGCCUUCUGCAGGGUGAAGGACCCCAACUCUGGCCUGCCUAAGUUCGUGCUUAUCAACUGGACUGGUGAAGGUGUGAAUGACGCACGGAAGGGAGUAUGUGCUAACCACGUCAGCACCAUGGCCAGUUUUCUGAAGGGGGCCCAUGUGACCAUCAAUGCGAGGGCUGAGGAGGAUGUGGAACCCGAGUGCAUCAUGGAGAAGGUAGCCAGAGCCUCAGGUGCCAACUACACCUUCCACAAGGAAAGCAGCCGCUUUCAGGAUACGGGCCCCCAGGCCCCAGUGGGCUCUGUGUACCAGAAAACAAAUGCUGUGUCUGAGAUCAAAAGGGUUGGCAAAGACAGCUUUUGGGCCAAAGCUGAGAAGGAAGAAGAGAACCGGAGACUGGAGGAGAAGCAGCGCUUAGAGGAGGAGAGGCAGCGCCUGGAGGAGGAGUGGCGGGAGCGGGAGCUGCGGGAGGCUGCCAGGCGGGAGCAGCACUACGAGGAUCAGGGCAGGAAGGCUGCUUCACAGAGCAGGAAUUGUGGCCAGCAAGAAGUGGUCUCAAGGAACAGAGAAAACCAGGAGCCUCUUUGCCAGCAGGCAGUGCACCCACGGGAGAUUUUCAAGCAGAAGGAGAGGGCUAUUUCCUCCUCAUCUGUCUCCACUUCUCAGCCAGGCAAGCUGAGGAGUCCCUUCCUUCAGCAGCAGCUCACUGAACCUGAGAUCUCACUCAAUAGAGAGCCCGCUCAGGCUGUUUCGAGGCUCAGGACAGAUCUUCCUGAAGAGCCAGUGCCUAGCCCUGCUCAGAGUCUGGUGCAGGCAGAAGAGGAAGCCACGUACGAAGAACCCCCAGAACAGGAGGGAUUCUAUGAGGAGCCCCCAUUGGUACAGCAGCAGGAUGUGGGUGCUGAGCAGGUCGAUCACUACCUGAGCGGAAAAGGACUCUGUGCCCGUGCCCUUUAUGACUACCAGGCAGCUGAUGAGACAGAGAUCUCCUUUGACCCUGAGAACCUCAUCACUGGCAUUGAGGUGAUUGAUGAAGGCUGGUGGCGUGGCUAUGGGCCAGAUGGCCACUUUGGCAUGUUUCCUGCAAACUACGUGGAGCUCAUUGAGUGAGGACCCCUCGCUGCUAUUCAAGGCUGAGGUCCGCUCUUCCCUUCCUCACCCAGGCUUGGGUUCCUUACUGCUGGAAAAAGAGGUUUCGUAGAUAAGGAUGGCAUUCUCCAUGAGCGGGACCCAGAUGAAGACAGACUUUGGACUCUAUCUGGCUUGGACUCUAUUACCUCAGAUGCAGCAGCAGUAACUUGGUGAUUCCUAAACAUGCUUUUGGUUACUACUCAGAUCUCCAGACCAGCCCUUCGAUGGUUUUUAUCCAAGGAGAAUGGUGGUCCAGUUUUGAGCCUUGGCAGAGGCCUCUGCUCUAGCCCCUGCAUUUGCCUUUUUUUUUUUUCCUUUUUCUCUUGGCUUCUAAGGGGUCACAACUGCAGAUACUUAGUGACCUUGGGAACAGUAAACCUAGAGAUUGAUCACUAAAGUUAUGCCAGUUUUGCAGCAAUAGAUUGUCUCUCUGGAUCCUGCUGUUUCCCUUUGCUGUGUUCCACUGCUGGGGCAGUGGACAGAGGACCAAACCCCCACUUAAAUGUGAAGGAAGGUGAAAACAUAGACAUGACUGGUCUUUCGUGUGCUUUACCUUUGUCUGCUUCCCUGGUGUGCACUUCCUGAUUGAAUCAAGUUCUGGAAAAGAAACCAGCGUGACCUUGGACUGCUUUUCUGGCCCAUCUCUCUGCCUUUGGAUGAAGAAUUGCUCCACACUGGCCCCAGCUCUGAUCCCUCAUUGUAGCCUGUAUGUCCUUGCGUGGAAACACCUUCCUAGUAUUUUGGGUGCAUACAUGUGAGCUCACUCACUGUUAGGCAUCUGGAAGAGGCAUAAAUGUUAAGAUGCAAGUAAA